UCAAUUAUUUUCCAUAUAUGGUUAUGUCAUUUGGCUCUUUGUCGAGCGGCGUUGAGAUCACUUUGUGUGUGUGGUAUCUUAACAGCUUGUCUUUUUUUUCCUCGGACCAUAAUUCGGUGAAAUUUUGCUCCUUUUCCUGAUGUGAAAAACGUUGGAAAUUGUGGCGGACAUCCUGAGCAGCACCGCAGACUCACCCAGCGUGGAAUCCACCAUGUUAUCCCGUAUUUUCUAGCAGGAAUUUACAUUGGGAUCGUACUGUUUCGUUGGAUGGUAAAUCGCAGUGAUCGCAGUGUACAUUGUGGAUACGUACGUACGUUGAGCGUCGCGUCGUGUGUGAAUAUAUCGCAGGGCACGGGACCUCAUUCGGCGCGGGUCAUCCAAUUCACUGGGAGAUUUCCCGGCGAUUCUUUUACCUCAAUCUUUCCGGUGGAUCAUAAUUAAGCCAUGUACCCGCAAAGCAGACAUCCGGCGCCUCACCAGCCCGGUCAGCCUUUCAAAUUUACAGUGGCAGAGUCGUGUGACCGCAUCAAGGAGGAAUUCAGUUUCCUCCAAGCCCAGUACCACAGUCUGAAAAUGGAAUGUGAAAAGCUGGCUCAGGAAAAGACAGAAAUGCAGCGGCAUUAUGUCAUGUAUUACGAAAUGUCGUAUGGGCUGAACGUGGAAAUGCAUAAACAGACAGAAAUUGCCAAGCGUCUCAACGCAAUCUGUGUACAAAUCAUCCCAUUUCUCUCACAAGAGGCCUUGCUGCCUUGUCAUGUUUUCCCCUCGCAGCACCAACAGCAAGUUGCAGCGGCUGUGGAGAGAGCUAAGCAGGUCACAAUGACCGAACUCAACGCCAUCAUUGGGCAACAGUCGGCGUUUCCACAUUUUUCCGGCAUUGUGCAGCAACAGCUGUUCUUUCAGGGAUCAACUUGGAAAGGAGGCCAGGCAGCCCUUCAGCACCCGUUGCCCCACGCCCAUGCCCCGCCCGUACCCAUGCCCGCCCAUCCAGCUAGUAUAGGGGGAGCGCCCAGUAUGAUGUCAGGACACGGUUCAGGACUGUUGCAGCUGUCCAACGCGAUGAACUCGCACCCACCAAUCCCUGUCAAGGAUGAGAAAGAGAGACAGAAUUCAGUAUCCCCUCCGGAUCGCAGCUCAUCAGACAAGUACCGCAGCACGUCAGACCACGGCGAAUCCAGCUCCAAGAACGCUAAGAGAAAGAGAGAUGAGAAGGAAUCAGGAGACAGUGAAGCAGAGAAGAGUGAUGACAACCUUGUGGUUGAUGUAUCCAACGAGGAUCCCGUUUCCCCUGCCGCCAACGGCGAGAGAGCGUCACCGCGGGAGAACAACACAGACAAGCACAGGCCAAAGAAAGAACGGUCCAGCACUCCCAACAGCAUUGCCUCAAGCGCUAGCACGCCAAACUCCAAAGUCAAGGAGAAUGACAAGCUGCCAUCUCCAGUUCCCAAGUCAGAAACGCCCACGAGCAGUGGGGCAGCAACACCAGGUUCCAGCAGCAGUGUACCUGGUCUAAAACCACCAGUUGGAAAGGUCCCCCCUCUGGGACCCUAUCCGUUCAUGCCAGCUCAGGGUAUGAACCAUGACAUGCCUAACCCGUAUGUCGCCCCGGGUCUUCACAAUAACAUAUCCCCGGGAGCCUUGAACUCAUACAGAGGUCCAAUGUUCAAUCAUGCACAGGUGCCGUUUGACCCCCAUUCGCACAAUCGCAUUUCAGGACUGGCUGGCAUACCGGGAGGCAAGCCUGCAUAUUCUUUCCACGUCAGCGCCGACGGCCAGAUGCAACCGGUUCCCUUCCCACCAGACGCCCUGAUUGGCCCCGGUAUCCCGCGCCACGCCCGCCAGAUCAACACAUUGAACCACGGUGAGGUGGUGUGUGCAGUCACCAUCAGUAACCCUACAAGACACGUCUACACAGGGGGCAAGGGAUGUGUCAAGGUCUGGGACAUCAGUCAGCCGGGUACCAAGAGCCCUGUCUCUCAGCUGGACUGCCUGAAUCGGGAGAACUACAUCCGGUCCUGUAAGCUGCUGCCGGACGGCCGCACGUUGCUGGUGGGUGGAGAGGCCAGCACGUUAUCCAUCUGGGAUCUUGCCGCGCCGACCCCAAGAAUAAAAGCCGAGCUGACGUCAAGUGCUCCGGCGUGUUACGCUCUGGCUAUCAGCCCAGACUCCAAGGUUUGCUUCAGCUGUUGCAGCGAUGGUAACAUUGCUGUAUGGGACCUCCACAACCAGUCACUAGUCAGACAAUUCCAAGGGCACACGGAUGGUGCAAGCUGUAUAGAUAUCUCACCUGACGGCACCAAACUGUGGACUGGCGGCCUGGACAACACAAUACGCUCAUGGGAUCUGAGAGAGGGUCGGCAGUUACAGCAGCAUGAUUUCACAUCACAGAUCUUCUCUCUGGGUUACUGCCCUGCCGGGGACUGGUUAGCCGUCGGUAUGGAGAGCAGCAACGUGGAGGUUCUGCACAACAGCAAGCCAGACAAGUACCAGCUGCACCUGCACGAGAGCUGCGUGCUGUCGCUCAAGUUUGCCCACUGCGGCAAGUGGUUCGUAUCGACGGGUAAAGACAACCUCCUCAACGCCUGGCGGACGCCUUAUGGAGCCAGCAUCUUUCAGUCCAAAGAGUCCUCGUCCGUCUUAAGCUGUGACAUAUCGGCAGAUGACAAGUUCAUCGUGACCGGGUCAGGGGACAAGAAAGCCACCGUUUAUGAGGUCAUCUACUAGUGCCCAGGACUCUCCCAGCUCAGAGAAAUCUGAAAAGGACAGAUAUAUAUGCCAGUCUAAUCCACUCAGUCAAGAGUUAGGCCGGGUCCGAAUCUUUCAUCUCGAGCCAUUGUCUAGAACUUUGCCCGUUACAACUGCAUGGGAACAUGCUGACAAAAGAUGUAGCCCUAGCUGUUAAGAACCUGUUUUGGACUCGGCCAGAUUUUGUGGGAUUGUAACAUUUUUUUGUUUCCCAUAGCCCUUGUGAUUGGUCAGUUUUUGAGAGCAUCUGCAUAUGGACGGACUGAAGUAUGGUGCCUUCAAAGUUUUGGUGAUGUCGUUCAGGGGGCAACUUUUUUUUUCGUCUUUUUCUUACGAGCCCUUUUUUGUUGUGGAUGAUUUGCUGUGAAAUGACUCGCCGUUAAAUGACUCAAUAAUUUCUUCAAUUGAGAUGAGACAUUGAAUUUCAAGUUGAAAUGCUGUGCAACGUGGACUGAGAGGAAGAGAGGAAUACAGGGAACUAGACUUGUAAUUGCAACAGAAAUUUGCAAAGUACUACCAGCAUGAUUUAAAGGAAUUUAAAUUAAAAAAACCAAUAAAUAAUUUGGGGUAAAAAUGUUUCUGAUCUAAAGAAACCACAAAGAUUAUAGUAAAACAUAUGCUUGGUUUUGGCCUAAUAUUUAAACAGAAAAUAUGCUAGAAAUGUGUCCCUUGACUUUUUUUUUCUUUCAAUUUUUAAUUUUUCCCAAUACAAAAAAAUUUAACUGUCGUACUGCAAGAUCAGGUAUCUUAUUGUCUUCUCUCUCCCUACAUUAUGUAUGACACUUCUUUACUGCUGUUGUAUGUGUAAAUGUUUGAAAGGCGUUUUCUAGCUGUGCAAGUAGCACAGCCAUAUAACAGUCAUCUGGGACUUCUCUGUACAGCACUCAGAGUCUUGGGGCUAAUUAAUCAGGAAAGUCUUGAGAAAAGACUAACCUGAACACCCUGAAGAGAAUUGCCUUUUGUUUUUUUUGUUUGUUUUUCCAUGGCAACUAUAAGCUCUGAUGUACAUGUUACAAAAAUUAACGUGGCUACGUUCACUGUAAAAGACUUACUAUUAAAAAGUUUUGUACUGCCAACUUUACUGUAUAGUUAUCAUGACAUAUAUGUAUAUUAUAUAUAUUUUUUUUCCUCUUCGUGUGCGGUGCAUUAUGGGAACUGGAGAGGUGACCCUCUCUUACACUUUUUGUUGUGGACACUAGCUAGACUAAUUAAGAGUUGUAAUUUUUGUCUUUCGGGAAAUUUCUGGCAGGAACUCAUUUUUAUAAGGUAAAUUUUGAUAGAUUUUCCUGUUGGGCGUGCACAUAACCUGAUGCAUCUAUGAAUGAGACUCCCUUCGUAUUGUAGAAGACGUACACUUUACCGAUUAUGGCACACAUUGACACUACCAUUACCUCUAUAUUUUGUCCUUUUCUGUAAACCAACACCCCGACAUUUCUAAGCCUGAACCACAACCACAAGAAACAGAGAUCACAACCAACACAUGUGCUACUUCUCAUUGUGUUCUUUAGCAAUGUGUAAAAAUCCCGGAUUGCAACAUGGCAUUGGGUUUCCAACGGUAAUUUAUAAGAUAAAAGCAAAAAAGAAUUUGGUAUUUGGUUGGCAAACAUUCAUGUCAUGUGUUACAAACAUAGUUUUUCCCAAAGAGGGUCGUUGCAAGCCAGAGUACUGUUCAUUGUUCCGUUUGUGUUUUUCAGUUGUCUAAACCUGAUCGUUUGCUCCAGGACUGAUUCAAGUUUUUUUUAGGUUUGGACAUAAAUCUCACAAAAGUCAUGUUCCUAGACAUUACUGUGCUCAAAAUGUAUAGACAACUCUGAGCACGUGUCUGUACACUCACGAGUGCCAAGUGAGGGAUUAUUUGAACAAUAGGUAACACAUUGCUUUCGUGCCCAGAUUCUUGGGGGUGCUUUUCGUUUUUUUUCCUGCGGUCGUCCUUCCUGUAAAAAAAGUUCCAUAAUUAUGUCAGGCCUAUAUGUUUUUCUCAGUCACAAUCAUGUCAGGCUUAAUUUCAUUCACAUAUAAGUUUUACUUAGCCCUGUGCUAAAUAUACCGCAUAUCCAAAUAUUCGACAAUCCAGUGAAUACCAUCUUUAAACAGAACAUGGGAAACAAAGUGAGCACUCUCUAGAUGAUGACGAAAAACAUCUUGGAUGUAACUUUCUUCUUAUAAGUGGUUUUCUUCUUUGUAAAAUGUGAACGGCUGUUAAUUACCUGCCAUUAUGAGGAAUAUCACCCAAAAUCUGUCUAAUAUCCACUAGUAAGCUACCUUGAAUAAAUACAUCGACACAAAAUGAUUGACUAAAUGAUUCGAAAAUGCACAACACAAAAAUGUUCGACUUUCCUCCUAUUGAAAAAUAACUGGUGCUCUUGGAGUAUGGCCUUGGUACAUAUAAUGAUACACAGAAUACCAUUGUAAUAGCAGCGCUCUUCAGUUGCUCGAGUAUACAUAAUGAGGAUUUCACAGACUUGAACAUUUGAGUAACAAUUUCGGGAAACGGUUGAGCAUGUACCAACACUUUUAAAACGGGCGGCGUAAGUUGGAUGCCGUACACAGAUAAUUGAUUUAUGCAUAAUUUUCAGCAGUUGAGUUAAAGUCGUUAUUUCAUUUGAUUAUACACAACUGCAUGGGAAAUAAAUGGAAAAAAAUGUUGCAACCUGACGUCACUUCAGCGGUUGUGUAGAAAGUCUAUGGAGAGUCAAGACAAUUUUUUAAGUAUUUCCUAACAAAAUUGGAAAUGUUUCUCAGUCCCAGAUUCAUGUCUUAUCGUCAUUUUUGCAAUGCCUGACCUUCAUUGAGAUGAUAUAUGAAGGAAAAAAAGUGGCUUCAGGUUGCAACAUUUUGUCCAAAUAAAAUUACAAAGACACAGUAGAAUGGUUAAGUUCAAUUUCAUCUGUAACCAUUUUUAUGUCAUUCAGGGGUUCCUGUCAUAAACACUUUUGUUUUGAAACAACCAGAUUUUUUAUUUCCUCUUAACAAGGAAAUCCAAAUGAAAUAACAAAUCACCAAAACAUUUCUGAGAUUUUUUAUUGCACUAGUCCAGAACACAAGGUGUGUUUUCAUCUGUUGGUUUGCAUUGUUCUGUUCGAUUUCAUUUGUUUGCGGUUAGUAUUUGUUAUUGUAUUUUGUUUACUGCAAUGUGUUUUUGAGUUUUUUGUUUGUUUUUACAAGUAUUUACAUGUCAUACAGCAUUUGGUUAUACACGUAGAAACAUGUUUCAGAAAUAGGUAAAUGGGCAUGGACACCAGAGAGCUUCGUACAUUGCCUUGUCUAGUUCCCAGACCUAUUUCCUUAAAACUCUAUGGGUGCGUUUGAGCGUGUUACUCUUGCUACUCCCGAGUGCAGAAAAAUGUUGCGUGCGCAUUACUCUCGGUGCAGGAGUAUACUCCCGGUAUGAUGGAGAGCAUACUCUUGCUAACCCGCGGGUCGUUCUCUUGUCAUUCGUGCGCUUGUCGUUCGUGCGCUCAGGAGUAUACUCGUGUAAACGCGAGUAGCAUGCUCGAACGCACUCUGUGGGUCUGGAGUCUGCAGUCUUGAAUGGUAACUCAUCGCACCCGAUGAAACGGGGUGUGCAAAUGAAUAGGUGUUUUCAUCGGCUGACGAAAUCCCGCCCACACCUUAUUUGUUUUUUACCCUACUUGUCAUGCAACAAGCCUAAAGCUGGCAACAGUUUUUGAGUUUGUUUUCUGAGUAAAAUUUACCUUAGUCUUUGGUAGCUACUGAGGACUAUUUCUCCGUAUUCUGCCUUGCGAUACCAAGAAGCUUGGUGCACCGACUUUUAACACGGACUGGAGUGAACGUAAAACUUUGGUUCUUUUCCCGUAAAUAAGACGUUACUGGAAGGAGAGGAACCGUUGACAAAUAUGUAAAUAUUUCAUCACAGAUUGUGAAAAAAAAAACUUGUGAAUUGUUCUGUAAAGAUUUAAAAAAGAAGCUCCGAAUGAGUUUGAGAAAUAAAGAAAAACAUUUGUAUGUAACGAAUGGGGUUUUGCUGCUGAUUUGUGAAUGUUAUUGAGAAUCAUGUCUCAGUGCUGCUAUAGGGAUUGUAAUAAUUGGUGGAUAGUGCAAUUUAGAAAUGCACAUUAUUAUUAUUAUUAUUAAUAGUCAUAUUCAGGUAAGACCAAAUAAAGAUUAUAAAUACAGAACCACACAUGCAGAAUGAAAUUAACAAUAUCAAUGGUUUAUUAAGUUACAGGAUAAAUCUUUAUUUGGUGGUAAAAUAUUCUUUCGGAGUAUGAUGAAUAUCAACAUGAAAAUUCAGUAACAAAAUACUAAUUUUUUUCUGCACGCAUGAUAUAAAUAUCAGAUUGAGGCUUGUUUCACAGAAUCACUUUCACCAUUCGAUGUUUAUCUUAAUAAAGACUUACAUUUGUAUUUCUCUUCUAAAACUGACCCGCUUCCUAUAACAAUCUUAACACUUUUUGAACAAUCAAAGUCAUUAAUACAUGUAUUUGAUUUCAAUAAAUGCCAGUAUUGUGUACAUCCCAAGCACUCAAGUUCAGCAGAAUAGUCUAUUUUGAAUUGCACAACAUUUUAAAUACGUACUUUAAAAUGAAUGACAAAAAGUAAAAAUUAUACCAGUGCUCACCAGGAAAAUGUACUUUAAAAUGUACAUUGUGAUAAGCAAUGGAUUUUGAUGUUCAUUUUGGUCCAGAAAAUAUGGUUCUUUUUAAAGAGCAGGGUUCCCAUUCAUUAGUUCUAUAGCGCAUGCCGUGGUAAACAGAAAUGAUGGUUAUAAUCUAUAUAAACUUAUAUAAAAA